AUGUUCUCCUUUGCCAAAAAGCUAGUCGACAGAUUCGAGGGCCACACUACACAGGAAGCGUCCCUUAAUGAUUCUUAUUUCAAGAAUGCUACACAGAUAAACAACAGAGGGUUUGCACUCCGCGUUCUAUACGUUGAACCUCAUUCGGCAGCACAUUCCAAGGAGUUCGAGGCAUGGUUCGACUAUAUCAUCAAAAUCAAUUCGCACGAGUUACCGAUGCAAUAUCCCAUGUCCAAUUUUCCAUACUCGAUCAAUGAUGACGGUAGUAUAAACUAUGGCUCAAACACCACGUCUGAACAAGCGUCUGUUGUGAAUUUCGAUUUGCUAGCUCAAGAGUUGCUGGCUUUAGCUAAAACAAAGCAAGAACUUAAACUUGAUGUAUGGAAUGCAAAAGGUGGAGUAGUGAGACAAAUAAGUGUUCCAUUGCAAGAUUUCAUCCCCGAUGAGGAAAACGACGAUGAUCUUUCAACUGUCAAAUUGUUUACUGACAAGUUCAAACGGAUCGGGUUAACUGUAGAAUCGCAGCAUCUAAACACAGCUACGUAUGUCUGGAGAAUCCUAAAUACUCACCAAGGCUCGCCGGCUUUCAGAUCACAAUUGGUUCCUCAAUCUGAUUUUAUCAUCGGGUGCGAUUCUGCCUAUGUUACUGACGGAAGUGGCAAAGGCUUACUUACAAAGGGAGGCGAAGCUCUUUUGUCAAAUACGGUAUCGAAUUACUACAACUACUACCAUGCGCAAACUCACGAAGAGUACAUUCCCAUAACAUUUUAUGUGUACAACCAUGAUUACGACAUCUUGCGUCCUGUCACAGUUAACUUGUCUCGCAACUGGGGAACUGGUCAUAACCGAGGAAUUCUUGGAUGCGAUGUCGGCUACGGUCUACUCCACCGUAUUCCGGAAGUCAUUGGCAAGUUUGAAAACGACUCGGUGAUUGACGAUGUGUUGUUCGAAAACAACCUUGAUGUAGAGUAUCAAGUGAACUCAGCUACAGCGGCUGAUCCAUUUGACUCAGAGAAAAAUAUUAUAAACACGGCACCACCACCACCAAUGGGAUCGGUUUUACCCCCAUCAACGAUAUCACCACAUCCACCAAAAUCAUCCAGUCGGAAAAAGAAACAUGUAUCGGCUCUCAAUGCAGGAGAGUCUUUGGACGAUUACAUGAACGAAGAGUUGGAGAAAUCAAAAAAGUUGGAUGAGAGCUCAAAGCUGAAAACUUCAACCGAUAACGUACCACCCCCACCAACCAGCAAGUAG